GAGGCGGAGUAUAACGUGUUGGAGGAGCGGCUUCAGAAGACUCUGUGUGAUCUGGAGAGACGAGAGAAGCAGCUGGCCGAGGCCGAGCUGGAGACUCAGAGGCUGCAGAGGGAGCUGCGAGCCGAACACGAUCUGACGCACAGGGAGCUGCAGGAGAGCAGCAGGAGGCUGCAGCAGGACUGCGACCACCGGGUGGCGCUGGAGAGAGACAAAGUGCGACUGAUGGAGGAGGAGAGAGGCCGGCUGCUGCAGCAGAUUGCGGAGGGAGAGUCUCGGUACAAACAGCUGGAGAAAGAGUUCCAGCUCUACCGAGAACAACAAAACGUCAGACCCGAAUUCAGACUGCAGUCAGAGAUCAACCUGCUCACUCUGGAGAAGGUGGAGCUGGAGAGGAAACUGGAGUCGACCACAAAGUCAAAGCUGCACUACAAGCAGCAGUGGGGGCGCGCCUUAAAAGAGCUGGCCAGAUUCAAACAG